CUAGUCUUAAUUUUAGACAUACCACGAAAUUAUGAUAAUUUUAUUUGAAAAUUUUAUUUGCCAUCAAUUUUAUAUCGAUUAAUCACCGAUCGUCUGAUAAAUUUUAAACCUCUCACUAACCCGAAUUGCUAUCUAGUCCGACCAAUAAUGUUUCCAACGAAUACACGCUCGUUUGGAGAAUUGGAGUCUAAAUCUCUAGAUUCUAGACAAUCCAAAGAUUUUAACUCUCUGAAUUGUUGAAAAAAGAUUUGAAAAUGUUCAUUAUUUGGUAACUAUGAUUGUUAACAUCCAAUGAAAAAAGAAAUUCUAUUUUUUUUAAUCACAUAACAUGUUUAUCCUUAACCAAAAUAAUUAGAUUGACUCGAAAAAUAUUGAGAAUUUAUUGGUAAGGGUAUUUAAUGGGAUAAAUGAAACAAAACAAGAGAUAUAAUAGGAGGGAGAAAAUCUCCAAAAUCAAGAUGUAGAAUCUCUCUAAUUAUGAGAGAUUGGAUAUCUCUAGAUUUUAUAGAUUUACAAUAUCUGAAGUUACAAUCCACGAUAAAAAAGUAGCAAAAAAAUAUAACAUUUUGCUAAAUCUAUGGAUUCAAUAAAUCCACGAUCCAAAUCUUGUUCUUCAAACGACCCUAACUUAACUUUCAAUUAAAGAUGCUAGUUAGAAGCUUGAAAAAUAAAUGAUCGGGUAGCCGCUGGAAAAAAAAGAAAAUUUGUUUAUCUGCUCCGUACUCCUUUAGUUGCUAGUUAGAAGCUUGAAAAAUAAAUGAUCGGGUAGCCGCUGAAAAAAAUGAAAAAUUGUUUAUAUGCUCCGUACUCCUUUAGUUGUUGAUAGUACUAUUGAUGAUCGAGUCGAGCUUUGUCAUAGUUCGGGUUCGGCUCGUUAAUAUAUUUUCUUGGCUUGUGUUCGUCACGAGUUUUAAUAUGCGAGCUCGAGCUCGACUCGUUUAUGAAAAUGAAAGCUCGAGCUCGGCUCGUUAAAUAAGGUUAACGAGCCCAAAAUCGAGUUAAGCUCAUAAAAUGUUCAUAAUAACUCAAGAUUGACCGAGACAAAAUUACAUUCAAACCUGUAGCAAAGUCUAGCAAAAUAAAACACAAUAUUUAUCCCAAUUUCAAUACAUAAAAUCCAUGAAUUCUAAUCCUUUCUUAUGCCAAAAUGUUAAAUGAGCUUGUUCGCGAGCUUUCGAGUUGAACAUGGUAUGGCUCGAGUUCGGCUCGUUUAGUUAACGAGCUUGUUCGUGAACCGACUUGAUUAGACGAAUCGAGUUUCGAACAAGUUUUUCUCGAGUCGGACGCCGAGCCUUCAUUAACAGGCCUAGUUGUUGAUCUACAUGCAGAUUCAUAAAAAAAACAAAAAUGUUAAAGAGUCAACUGUUUUUGCUUCGUAACUGCGAUACUGAGGGAUAAAGUUUCCCCUUGUGCACAAAAGAGAAACGUUCGCGUAAAAAGGGAAGAAGGAAGAGGGAAACUGAAAAGGUGAAGAAAAGCAGAAGAAGAAGAAGACUCAACGGGAAGUAGGGAAGUUCCACGUGACGUGGACCGUACCAAAGCGGGUUCCAGUGAGCUCAGGUUCACGGGAACCAGAAAUGCAACCGCCAAUAAAUUCAUUUUGGGUGGGAAAACUAGCCCUGCAUCCUCAAGACCCCGAAUCCGCCGGCGAAAAUCUCCGGAGGUUCGAGCAGCUCCGUUUGACCUCACAACACAGCCGGAGAUGGCGGAGAAUAGCUUCAAUUUCCACCACACUCUCCACCACCACGGAAGCAGGGAUUCUUAUGGAUUUGUCUUGAGACCUCAACAAUUACAACGAUACGGAGAAUACAUCCAUAUCUAUAAGGAGGAGGAGGAGGAGAGGUCACAGAAAUGGAAGAUCUUCCUUGAACAACAAGAAAAUUUGGAUCAACCUGAAGAACAAGUAGCAAAUCAAGAGGUCUUGCAGGUUGAGACCACUACCGAGUCUAGAGAAGAAGCUGGUUCAGAGGGAAGAAGGGAUAACGAUGAUGCGAGUGUGAGCAGCUCUCAUUCUAAUACUUCAAAGGAGCAAAACCGCUCAGAGGAAUCAACAGAAGGGGCUCAGCUUUUGGGACAAAGUGAGAAAAAAGUGCAGUAUAACGAGGGACCGCAAGAGGUGCAUUCUACAGAGAGACCUCAAGAGGAGGUGCAAUGUGUGGAGGGACCUCGAAAGGAGGUACUAUAUGUUGAGGAUCCUGAGGUAAAGGUGCAGAAAACGAAGGAAGAGCCAGUGAAGUUGCCUGAAGAGGAGGUGCAACCACCGGAAGCCUCGGGAGUACCAUCAGAAACACCGGAAGAGUUGCAUGUUUCCGAGGAAGGUGAAAAGAAGGAUCUUUCAAAAACAUCAAAGGCUGGUAAAGUCCCCUAUUGGGGUCAAAUUAGACCUUCCCUAAAGGUUAUAGAGAGGCUAAUGAGUUCACGUGUUCACGAGCAACAUCAUGUAAAAGACAAGAAGAGUGAUAGAAAUGGAGGAGACCAACUUCCUGUUAUAGAAGAAGAUGUCUCCGUAGAAGAAGAACCAGAUGACGGUGUUGAGGAGGAGUCAAAUGUUAAGGAUCAUGUGGAUGACAAGGUUAAUGAGGGCAGAGAUGAAAGGAAAGUAGAGGAUGAGCCUUCUUUAGAACCAUUCCUCCAUUGGAAUCAGGAGCUUGAGUUCCUUGUCCAUGGAGGAGUGCCAAAAGAUCUCAGGGGAGAGGUAUGGCAAGCCUUUGUCGGUGCAAAAGCGCGCAGGGUUGAAAAGUAUUAUGAAGAUUUGCUUGCAGAAGAGGCAAAUGCUGAUGAAAGCAACGAUGAUAACAAUACAGGUGUACCCGAGAAGUGGAGAAAGCAGAUUGAGAAGGACAUACCAAGAACAUUUCCUGGUCAUCCAGCUUUGGAUGAGCAUGGUAGGGAUUCCUUGAGGCGGAUACUUAUAGCGUAUGCUCGGCAUAAUCCUUCUGUUGGAUACUGUCAGGCAAUGAAUUAUUUUGCAGGCUUGUUGCUAUUGCUGAUGCCAGAGGAAAAUGCAUUUUGGACUUUCGUGGGAAUUAUUGAUGACUAUUUUGAUGGCUACUAUACUGAAGAAAUGAUUGAAUCACAGGUGGACCAGCUCGUUUUUGAAGAGCUGAUGCAUGAAAUUUUUCCUAGAUUAGUUGGUCAUCUCGAAUUCAUGGGAGUGCAGGUUGCAUGGGUUUCUGGACCUUGGUUUCUUUCUAUUUUCAUAAACAUGCUUCCUUGGGAAAGUGUUCUGCGAAUUUGGGAUGUUCUUCUAUUUGAAGGAAACCGUGUGAUGUUGUUCCGGACAGCAUUUGCUCUCAUGGAGCUAUAUGGUCCUGCGUUGCUUACAACUAAAGAUGCUGGGGAUGCAGUUACUUUAUUGCAGUCCCUAGCAGGAUCAACAUUUGACAGCAGCCAGCUUGUUUUGACUGCCUGCGUUGGGUUUUUGGCCAUAACUGAAGCUAGAUUGGUAGAGCUGAGAGAUAAACACAGAGUAUCAGUUUUAGAAGCAAUGGAGGAAAGGUCAAGACAGGGUAAAGUUUGGAAGGAUUCAAAAAGUCUUGCAACAAAGCUGUACAGUUUCAAACACGACACCGGGCGUGAUGGAAGAAGCAGUGAAGGAGACAAUUCUCUGUCGGGAUCUGCUUCCACUUUUGAUGAUUUUUUAUGUGGCUUAUCUUCCGACGCAGAACUGGAUUGUCUGCCAGAUCUUCAAGAUCAGGUGGUCUGGCUGAAGGUUGAGCUGUGCAGAUUGUUGGAAGAGAAAAGAUCCGCCAUACUAAGAGCUGAAGAGUUGGAGACAGCACUCAUGGAGAUGGUCAAACAAGACAAUCGGCGGGAAUUGAGUGCAAAGAUUGAGAAGCUGGAGCAGGAGAUGUAUGGGCUGCGAAGAGCCCUGGCUGAGAAGAAAGAGCAAGAAGCUGCAAUGCUCGAGGUACUGAUGCGCGUGGAGCAAGAGCAGAAGAUAACCGAAGAAGCCCGUGUCAUUGCUGAGAAAGAAGCAGCUGCUCAGAGACGUGAAUUCGAUUCACUUCGGGAGAAAUAUGACGAGGCCAUGGGAUUAAUAGCUCAAAUGGAGAAGCGGGUGGUGAUGGCGGAGUCAAUGUUGGAGGCUACAGCGCAAUACCAAUCUGGCCAGACUAAAGCACAGUUCGUCGAACCUCCAGGGGCUGUUCGCAACCAGAGCACGACAGGGGAAAACACUGGUAGAGGAAUUGGUCGCUUGACGUUUGGACUCGGCUGGCGUGACAAAGGCAAGGGGAGACCGGAGGCCGGAGACGGCAACACCGGCGGCGCAGCAGAUACUUAGCCGGCGGUGGUGGAAUCGGUUAUAUGCAAAUGCAACUAACUGUCUCACUUCCAUUCUCAGGCUCAACCAACCGAUAGGGGGGACUUCCUCUUCUGAUCAAUGUACUCAGUAGUUCUAGAUUCCCCAUACGUGAAUUAUUACAAGUUUUGGUCUUUGAGAAUGUAAAUUAUUUUGACCUGGCUACUACUUCCUUGUAAACUAACAACGUCGUUUUCUAAUUCCAGCAUCCGUUCUUUUGUAUCCCAGAAGAUACUCGUAAUUCGUGAAUAUCGAUUGGAUAUUCCAAUCCCAAAUCACCAUAUCAGGAGCAAAGUCAAAAAAAAAAAAAAAAAAAUAUUUUGAUUCAAAAAAUAGGUAAUUACAUCUUGGGGAUCAGUUAGGCCUGAAAAUCGAAAAAACGACUCAUAGUCGGGUACAAAGAAAAGGUUUGCCGAGCCACCAAAUGGGCUACCCUAUUGCUAGGCCGACCCACAAAUCGCACACUAAACCCAUUAUGGACAACAAAGUACUGCACAAUUUCUUCAAGAACCGCUCCUAUCGAUUGUCUCUGGUAUCUGCCCAAUUGAUCUUAUCGAUGACCACUUUGACAUCACCUUCAAACCUUAUCUUCGUGAAGCCAUGAGCCAGACACCAUAAGAAAGCCUCACGAAGCACAAGUAAUUCAACCACCAUAGGGUCAUCAAUGAAAGGGAACUGCACCCCAGUAACCAAAAGGAUCUCUCGAGCUUGGUUCAUAAUCACCAUCCCGCCUACUGAAUGAGAACCACUCCUUACUGCUCCAUCCCACAUACAAACAGCAAAGUGAGGCCCACCAAGACUCAUAUGUUGUACCGGGGAGAUGGAAGAAUGGAGAACUCGGUCCACCGGCAAACUUUCUCAUUCCUCAUACUGUUGGUGAAAUUGCCGCAAUAAAACUGGGAUCCUGAACCGUUUAUGUUGAUGUGACCAAUGUUAUUUGGGUUCGGGUUCUGGGCUUGGUUUGUAACCGUUUCCUUUGCCAGAUUGGAUUAGGUUUAGACCCACAUGGAGAAGUAUUAUAAAUACUUCUCAUACUCCUCUGUAAUCUGUAAUCUUCUCGAUAUAGUGAAACUGGCUCUCUCUCGCCCGUGGACUAGCUAACACACAUCGUGUUAGUGAACCACUUAAAUCGUGUGUCUGUGUUUCUCGAUUCUCGCUUUCGUAUUCUUGCUUUAUCUAUUCCAGCAAUUUCCCGAUCCGUAGCAGCGCGUUUAUAACAGUUUACCUUCAAUAACCACCCAUUUACGAUAUCGCCACAAUAGCCAUGAAUAGAGAGGGUUGGUGAAUUAGAGACAUCAGCUUUUUUAACAAAAGGGGAAGGUUUGCUGAGGCAAUCCUUGCCCAAGAUGCUCCAUCCCUAAAUGAUCCCAAAGAGCGCGAGCUACUGGGCAAUCAAGAAACAUAUGUUCCAUUGUUUCCAAUUCCCCCCAGCAGACCGGGCACCUAGGAUAACCGGGACAUUCCUCUCAAUUAUGGCUUCUGUAGUUGGGAGGAUCCUAUGGAAGAUUUGCCAAACAAAAACUUUCAAUUUGGGUGGGAUAUUAGCCUCCAACAACCGAAUCCAACUAGCCAUAUUCAUACAACUAGCCAUAGAUUUGCAACGGCCCUUCCUUCUAUCUAGAGAGACUGUAAAAUGGUAAGCCGACAGGCGUGGCAUGCCAAAUUCAUUUAUCUGGAACAGUCUGGUGAGAAAGAGAGAUAACUUUGAUGACCCGACAAAUAGCUGGAUCAAAUCACUGACUAAGUUUAAUGUCCCACCAUCGAUCUUCUCCCCCUGACAUAUAGCCACAGUCCGCAGCGACAGGGAAUGGUAAAUGGAAGAUAGUUGACGUAUAACCUCAACGAAAUUGUAAAAGCCAGAUGUCACUCUUGUAGUAUCAACUCUUUUAUGCUAAAAAAUGCAAAUAUAGCUU